UUUUCCUGCAUGUCUGCAUGCACUAAGGUUUGUCAUCCUAAGCUCCACCCAGAAGGUGUAGAGACUUCAGAAAGCUUGAUAAGAAUUCAAGCAAAUGGGCAGCAUACACAUCUGAGCCCAAUCGAUGCAGGUGUUGUGCCUCAACAGUUAGCCAUGCAACAGGAACGCCCACGUUAUGUGAUUAACAGGCCGGCAUACAAUCUCCCAGAGUUUGACAGUGAGUUUGACAAGAAGAGUCGACAGUUCCCUGUUGGAGAAAAAGUAAAGAAGCUCUUCAGAUGCUCUGUGCCAAGGCUGAAGGGCUUGUUAUUCAGACAUCUGCCGGUACUGCGCUGGCUUCCCAAAUACAAAGUGAAAGAAAACCUGCUGUGUGAUGUCAUCAGCGGGGUCAGCGCUGGUACCAUCCAGGUUCCCCAAGGCAUGGCAUUUGCCCUCCUGGCAAACCUCCCUCCUGUCAAUGGUCUCUAUUCUUCUUUCUUCCCUCUCAUCCCAUAUUUCUUCAUGGGCACUGCUCACCAGAUGGUCCCAGGUACUUUUGCUGUCCUCAGCAUAAUGGUGGGGAUCGUAUGUCUUCAGCUGGCCCCGGAGUCGGACUUCAGUCACUUCAAUGCCACUGUUAAUGCUACAAUAGUGGACACAGACAGGAUGAAUGAGGCUCGCCUGGCCAUAUCUGGAACUCUGGCCUGCCUCACCGCAAUCAUACAGAUUGGUCUUGGCUUCAUGCAGUUUGGGUUCGUAGCCAUCUAUCUGUCAGAGUCCUUUGUCAGAGGCUUCAUGACUGCUGCUGGCUUGCAGAUCCUCAUCUCAGUGCUCAAAUACAUCUUUGGCAUCAGCGUACCACCUUAUAGUGGCCCACUGGCUGUCAUAUAUACUCUGAUAGAUAUUGUAAGGGGCCUUCCUAAAACCAACAUUGCCUCCUUAGUGUUUGCUCUGGUCAGCAGUGUAGUUUUGAUUGUGGUGAAGGAGCUGAGUGCCCGAUAUCGUCACAAGCUUCCUUUCCCCAUUCCUAUGGAGAUCAUCAUUGUGGUGGUGGCCACAGCCAUCUCAGGCCCUCUGCAUCUUCCUGAGCUCUAUCACAUGGACAUAGUGGGAGAAAUCCCUUUAGGAUUUCCAGCACCAAUCCUUCCAACUGUGAGUCAGUGGGACUAUAUGUUGAGUACAGCCUUCUCUCUGGCAAUAGUGGGGUAUGUCAUCAACUUAGCUAUGGGCAGGACACUGGCAGCCAAGCAUGGCUAUGAUGUGGAUCCCAACCAGGAAAUGUUGGCUCUUGGCUGCAGCAAUUUCCUCGGGUCCUUCUUUAAGAUCCAUGUGAUCUGCUGUGCUCUGUCUGUGACGCUGGCUGUCGACAGUGCUGGAGGAACAUCACAGUUUUCCAGUCUAUGUGUGAUGCUGGUUGUAAUGGUUACCAUGCUCGCAUUGGGAGCCUACCUGAAACCACUUCCAAAAUCAGUGCUGGGAGCUUUGAUUGCAGUCAACCUGAAGAACACACUCCUGCAGCUCUCUGAUCCCUACUACUUAUGGAAGAAGAGCAAACUGGACUGUUGUGUGUGGGUUGUGUCAUUCUUGGCCACAUUCUUUCUUAGCUUGCCUUAUGGAGUUGCCAUCGGCGUGGGCUUUUCCAUCCUGGUAGUGAUAUUCAAGACGCAGUUUCGUAACGGUUCAGCAGUGGUCCAAAUAAUAGAUACAGACAUCUACAAAAACCCAAAGGUGUAUAGUAAGGUCAUGUCUAUAACAGGUGUGAAAAUAGUGAACUAUUGCUCGCCACUCUACUUUGCAAAUGCUGAAAUAUUUCGCCAGAGGAUUAUCAGAAAGACCGGACUGGACCCUGCCAAGAUUAUCCUGGCCAGGCGGAAGUUUUUAGAAAAAGAGCAGAAGGACAAAGCGAAAGAGGAGAAGAAGGGCAAAGAGACAAGAAGGAGGAAACUCAGCUCUUUGGUUACCAUGAAAUCUCAGACCAUAUCUCGGCUUGAGCUGCAAAAUGACUUCGAUAUGAACGGCAGUGCCAACAAAACUGAGCCUCCCACGAGCUAUGUCAACUUCCACUGCAGUGACAUUGAGCUGGGGGAGCAGUCGUCUGAACAAGAGCCACCUAGUCCCACUGCUGUCAGCCUGGAGACGCAGCCUAUGCCCUUCCACACCCUCAUCCUCGACUUGGCAGGGGUCUGUUUCAUAGACCUGAUGGGCAUAAAAGUAUUGAUAAAGAUGAACUCGAGCUACGAGAUGCUGGGCAUUAAGCUAUACCUGGCUAAUGUUCAAGCCCAGGUGUGUGAGGAACUGGAGGCUGGAGGAGCUUUUGAUGAGGGCAAUAUUGCCCGCAGUAAUCUUUUCCUUUCUGUCCACGAUGCCAUUCUGUUUGCUCAGCAGACCACUGGAGAGAGGCGAGUCUCCUCAAAGGUAGUGCUUCAUGCAGCUUCAUCCCUGCGUUUGUGCAUCACUCACCAGGCCGGCUGAGGCUGCUGUGUGUGGGAAGCUGCUGUCAUCAGCGAGGAACAAACUCCUCAUAUGGAGCUUCCCUUAAUUAAAGCCGGGUUUACAUCCCUCCACACAGCAAAGGCAUUGUGGGCAAGGCUUCUAAGACAUAACAAGAACAACACAAUGUACCAGGACUGACGUUCUUUUAAACUACCAUUUUAAAAUUGCUAUAUUGGAUAUUUCAAUAUUAACAAUGGUUAAAAGUAAUAUUCAAGGGGCUGACUGCAGUGAUUAAGAGAAUUAUCAUCAUUUGCUUAUGUGCAUUUCAGUCUCUCUCAGCUUAUUGUUUUGCUUUGUUAUUCACUUUUGGUGAAAGGGCUCUAAAAACCUAGCGGACACUACCUAAUACUGAAUGAAAUAAAUUCAAAGCAUAAUGGACCAACACAGCACACGAUUCACAGUCUACUAGCUGAAAGCCCUGUCAGACAGUUUUCUUAAAAGUGGCAGUAUUUGAUGCCCUGGGAAAGAGAACAGGUUGGCUUGCAUCCAAUGUAAUGUCCAAUAAAUUAACUGGCCUUUUUCACUGCGGACAUUUAGGCAUGCCACAUUGGGAAAAACACAAGUGUAGACAAUAAAACUGCAAAAACUGGUAUUGUGCAGCCUGUGACACUUCCAUGGCUUACUGGGACACUUCAAUACAACGUGCAGUCAUCGCAAAGGUUAUUAGUAUCUCAUGUUAUACAUAUUUGUGACUAAUGAGCUUUUAGCACUUGUUUGUCAUCUGUUGCUUCAUUGGAAUUUCCUUCAGUCCUAUUUCAGAUGCCUCCUCUGCUUCUACAAGUUUAAUAUUCUCACCCUCAUCAAGGCCAUAAUCCAUGAGAUGACGCUGAAUCAUUAGUCACUUGCUGAUUGUUGUGUAACCCCAGAGUGGCACCACAGUUUAGAAAAGCCUUACAUUAUUUAUAGAUCAAAGCUGUGAGAACUGAUCAGGUGAAAAUAAUGUGUUUGUUGCAUGACUAACAGGUGUAAUGUUUGGUUCCCAUGGGGAUAGGCGUGAAUUGUUCUGAAUGUGUGACACAAGGUUUUCAUUCACAGCGUUUUCCUGGGAAAUGAUGGUCUUUGUUGGUUGGAGAAGUGUAGUAAGGGUGGGGAUGAGAGUGCUACAUUGCAGGUGUGGCAUUCAUGUCUGUCUGUGUUUUGAGCUACUUUACAAACUGGUCAUUGCUAUGUUUAAACUUUACAUAAAUUUACACAAUUUGAAUACAUUACCAACAUUAUGUUUAAAGUUGUUAUUAUGGAUGUGGACAUCCCUCAACUUCCAAAACAACACAAAAUAAAAC